AUUGAGCUUCAAAUAAGCGAGACAGAAAGACAUGUUUUAAUCUGACCAUCAAAUCAAGCUUACAUAAAUGCAAGUUUAGCUGAACUCUCAACAUUUUCUUCAGCUACAAUGGAUUAUGAUAUCCCAUCUCCAUCUGAGCUCAGGAUUGUGUUGCUGGGGAAGAAUGGAGUUGAAAACAGUGCUGUGGGCAACAUGAUACUGGGCAGGAAAGCAUUUAAAGAGACUGGCACAAGAGUGAGUGAAGUGCAGAGAGGAAGAGUAGAAAAUCGAAACAUCUCGGUUAUUAACACUCCUGGAUUCUUCAACACUGCAUUGACUGAUGAAGAUCUACAGAAUAAAAUGACAAAGAGUCUUUAUCUCUCUCGUCCUGGUCCUCAUGUCUUCCUGCUGAUAGUCAGACCAGACACAUUCACAGAAGAUGACGUGGAAAGGAUUCUUAAAAAGACUGAGAUGAACUUUGGAGCACAAGUGUUCAAGUUCACCCUAGUGCUGUUUAUUAGAGAAGAAUUGUCAAAUAAAGAAUGGAUGGCUUUUAAGUUCAGUAAAAAAUUUCAGGAACUCACUGGCCAUUGUAAAGGUAAAUAUCAUGUGAUAAACAUUGAGACGAAAGAGAUUACAACACUACUGGAAAGAAUCGAGGAACUUGUCAAACAAAAUGAUAACCAGCAUUACAACCAUGAGAAUUAUGUAAAGUUGCCACCAAUUCAAAAACAGGAGCAGAAGGAAACAGUUCAGGUGGAGAAAACAGAUCAGAGAUUCACAUAUACACCACCAGUGAAGCCUCCUGCGGCCAGACCACGUACAGAUAUAGCAUCUGGUGUAAUGCAUCAGCCUCAUACAAGACUUCAAGAUCUGAGGAUUGUGAUGGUGGGAAAAUCUGGAGCUGGAAAAAGUGCAACAGGAAACACAAUCCUGAGAAACAACCUGUUUAAAGAAGAAAUGUCAUCUGAAUCUGUGACCACACAGUGUGAAACACAUCAGAAGAUGGUUGAAGGUAGAAACAUCUCAGUGGUCGACACUCCAGGACUCUUUGAUACAUCAAUGAGUGAAGAAAGGCUAAAGUCUGAAAUAGAGCAAUGCGUCUAUAUGUCUGCUCCUGGUCCUCAUGUGUUUCUGCUGGUCAUCAGACUGGAUGUGAGAUACACAAAUGAGGAGAAGAUGACUGUGAGAUGGAUUCAGGAGAACUUUUCAGCAGAUGCUAUGAACUAUGCUAUGGUUCUGUUCACUAGAGGAGAUCAGUUAGACAAACCAUUCGAGGAAUUUCUGAAGAGAAAUAAACCGCUGAAAGAACUAGUUGAUAAAUGUAAAGCUGGAUUUCAUGUUUUUAAUAACAAAGACAAAAAUCAAGCACAGGUUACUGAACUGUUAGAGAAGAUAGACAAACUGAUGAAAGAGAACGGAGGAGAGCAUUACACAAAUGAGAUGUACCAGGAAGCUGAGAGAAAAAUCAUAGAAGAACAGAAGAACAAGAGAGAGGAAGAAACGGAAGAGAGACAGCGAGAGGAAGAAAAAAGAAAGGGAGAGAAAACCACAGAACAGAUAUACAGAGAGGAAGAAAUAAGAAGACUAGAAGAUGAACUGAGAAACAAAGAGGAAGAACUAAGAAACAGAGAGGAAAAACUGAAAAACAGAGAGAAAGAACUAAGACACAAAGAGAAACAAGAGAAACUGAAACAGCUAUAUGCAGAAAUGAAGAGAAAUGAUUUAGUCAGGAUGUCUGUAAGGGGAAAAAGAGGUGACAGAGUUAUAGUUGUUGCUGUACCAGCAGAUUUAAUUCCUAAAGGUGCUGCUGCCAGAGAAGAAACAAGCAAAAAUGUUAUGACAGAUCAAGACAAAAUCACACUACUGCAAAAAUUAAACAAAAAACAUUAAUUUAGGAGAGAUGCUUGAAGAAUCAGCGCAUAAGUCAAAAAUUUGUUUACACAAUAUUCAAUUGAAUUAUAUUAUGUUAACAUUUACUAUAGUAAAUGGCUAAGAACUGGGUGGGAAAUUCUGCUAUGUCCACAAUAUAAACGAACUAGAUUCACAUAAUAAAAUAUAUGUAAAAAAUAAAGAAUUAAUAAAGUUCAACAAUGUAAAACUGCACUGAGAUGACUUUGGUAAAAAUAAAAUCAGCAGACAUUUAUCAACAUAUUACAUAUCAACAUUUGUGUGAUUUGAAGACAAAAACAUCUUAAGUCACAAUCAUGCCAAAGAAGUUAAAUGAU